AUGCUCAAUUGUCGGGUGUUACCUCGAAUAUGCUCACGGUUGCCUCUUUCUUCCAGCCUUUCAAUAAAGGGGACUAGUUCGUUCCACUUUUCAACAAGUAAAAGAAAUGAGAGCAAGAAACCUGACGCUGAUUUGGAGAAAGAGUUAGAACGGCUCAACGAAGUUUUGAAAAAGGAUCUCGAUGCCAAGGUGAAGGAAAGUGAAGCUGAAAUCGACAAGACCUUCAUGAACUUUAAGGCGAGGGCCGAACGCGACGCAUACCAGCGGAGCAGUACGAUGUUCAGCUGGAGAGUGGCAGCAAUGACGUUAGGAAUUGGUGCUUCUUGUCUGGCAGCGCUCUUCUGGAUUCGAAAAAUUGUGAUCAUUUUUACUGUCGACCAUUUGUACUUCUUAUUACCACAUAUCAGCGUUAUGGUUGAAUUGCAGAGGCUGGAGGAGCGAGAAAAACAUAUAAAAUAUCUGGCUGGAAAGGCACGAAUCGGUGGAGAUUGGGAGCUCGUCAACACAGAAGGAAAAUUGGAAGGAUCAGAGCAGUUGAAAGGAAACUGGCUGCUUCUGUACUUUGGCUUCACACAUUGUCCUGAUAUUUGUCCAGAUGAAAUAGAGAAAAUGGUUAAGGUGGUUGACAUUCUGGAUGCAAAACCCGACAAAGAGAAAAUACCAAUCAAGCCCAUCUUCAUAUCUGUCGAUCCGGAACGCGAUACAGUUGAAAGAGUGAAGGAAUAUUGUGCUGAGUUCUCUCCGAAGCUGAAAGGCUUCACUGGAUCUGUGGAACAGGUGAACAAAGUGGCGAAAACAUUCCGUGUUUACCACAGUCAGGGGCCUCGUACUGGGAAGAAUAAGGAUGACUAUAUCGUCGAUCAUACCGUAAUCACCUAUCUAAUCGAUCCAGAUGGUCUCUUCCAUGAUUACUACGGUCAGACGAGAACAGCUGAAGAGAUUGCGAACAUCAUCGAAAUGAAAGUGCUCAAGUAUCGAGUGAAGAAUCGCAAAGGAAUUCUCGGUUUCUAA